GGGGCCGCGUUCCGAUUGGCCCGCCCGGGCGGCGCGCGCGCCUCCUUCUCCUCCCAUCCCUCCUUCCCCUCCCCCACGCCUCUUUUUCCUUCCCUCAGCGCUGCCGGCGAGGCGGCGGAUCCUUUUUUCCCCCCCGAUCCCGUCUCUCGGCCGGCUUCUCGCGGCCUCCCUUGCCGCCGCCAUGCAGGAACUGAUCGCCAACGUGGACCACAUCAAGUUCGACUUGGAGAUCGCGGUGGAGCAACAGCUGGGCGCGCAGCCGCUGCCCUUCCCGGGCAUGGACAAGUCCGGUGCUGCCGUCUGUGAUUUUUUUUUAAAGGCAGCGUGUGGGAAAGGGGGGAUGUGUCCCUUUCGGCACAUCAGUGGUGAAAAGACAGUGGUUUGUAAACACUGGUUACGAGGCCUGUGCAAAAAAGGAGACCAGUGUGAAUUCUUGCACGAGUAUGACAUGACUAAGAUGCCAGAAUGUUACUUCUAUUCAAAAUACGGAGAAUGCAGCAACAAGGAGUGUCCAUUCUUGCACAUCGACCCAGAAUCUAAAAUCAAAGACUGCCCUUGGUACGACCGAGGUUUCUGUAAACACGGUCCUCUCUGCAGACACAGACACACAAGGCGUGUUAUUUGUGUGAAUUACUUGGUAGGCUUCUGUCCAGAAGGCCCUGCGUGCAAAUUCAUGCAUCCUCGGUUUGAACUCCCUAUGGGAACGACAGAGCAGCCGCCACUGCCGCCCCCAACACAGCCACAACAAAAACAAAACAACAACGCGCCAUUGCAAAGGUCAUCCUCUCUUAUCCAGCUGACAAGUCAGAAGUCUUCCCCCAACCAACAGAGGACCCCACAGGUCAUUGGGGUCAUGCAGUCCCAGAACAACAGCAUAGGGAACAGAGGCCCACGCCCCCUGGAACAAGUCACCUGUUAUAAGUGCGGUGAAAAAGGACAUUACGCCAACAGAUGUACCAAAGGACAUUUGGCUUUCCUUAGUGGGCAAUGAACCAACGGACUUCACAGCAUUUUUAUAUAUAUAUAUCUUUACGAGCCGAAUUCUCUCUAGUAUCAUCUUGAAUGACUGAACUACCCAUUUUUUAUACCUGCACCAAAGGAUUGGCCAGUGAAAGGAUUACUUGAUCUGCAGCUACUCUUUUUGUUUUGGCAUUUCCUUUUUUUUUAAUUUUUAAGGCUACAACAUAUUGCCUCCUUGUUCACAGCCUGAAGAAGCAAACAUAAUUACACAAGCCUUCUAAAAGAAAAACAUUUGGGAUAGGGAUAUUUUUGGUUCAAAAGGGUGGCGCUUCUCCUUCAAAAAUGUUUAGUCUGUUCUUUCAACAGUCCUUGGCAGAAGAUGAUAAAUGUGUGUGUGAGCGACUGCCCAGCUCUUGCUUUGUUCUGCAUCUUUGUGUUCCUUGUCUAGGCUGGGCCGAUGGCUAAUUCACGAUGGAAUUCAUCUUGUUUGUCAGGAAAAAGAGAGGGUCCAGUUUGUAUUUGUCCACAUCUAUAGUUUGUACUUUAAGGAGAAAAAAGUUGUUUUUUUUUAAUUGUCAUGUUUAAUGGCUGAACAAAUGCAGGCAGAAAACUCCAAAUUAUGAAAAGCAGUGUUAGGUUAAUGGGAAAAAUCAAAUCUUUCCUUUCAUUCUGAAAGCGAUCCAAGCUAUAUGCCAUCACAUGUGCCUACUAAAAACGAUCAAAAUUUCCCUAGGAACAUAAUAUUCUGACAUCCAAAAUACUUAAAUCAAUUGAAAGCUUAAAAAAGAAAACAAGAAAAACAAAUCCUGUUUUAGAAGUAAGCUGCAGUUCUUUAUAAAAACCCGUUCUUUAAAAGAUUCCCACUGCGGAGUAUUUUGUCAUUAAUUUGGUCUGGAAGACUUCAUUCCAGUCACAGAACUGAAUUAUUCUGAGAAUCUGAAUUGGUGUAUAUUUUCUUGGCAUUCCAGACUCAAGAGUAAAAAACCUGCCAUUUCAAUAUAUAUAUAUAUUUAUAUAGA